UGUUACCGAAGAGCGCGUUCUUUCUCCAUCAAAACUUUGUUACUCAAGUGGCGUCCAACACAAUAAUACAAUCGAUACAAUUCGUCCAAGGGACUUAAGAAACCAUCUGUUGUCAGAGAAAAUGCCAGYGUUAGGCUCCAAAAAGCUGACAGUAGCAACCUGUUGCCUCGUUUUGCUACAWUCUCCCCAGUCUGCGGUGUCCUUUGCAUCAAAGACGGUGGACAUCGCUACCGCAAAAUUCUCUUCUCUGAAGAUGUCGACGGAAACCAGUACCGACUUUUUGAACCCAAUCGUGGCCUCUGUCAAGCCCAGCAAAACGGUCGAGAUUUUUUCAUUGGUCAAAGAGAUGGAGGCUGCGGGAGAAACCGUGACGUCCCUGUGCGUGGGAGAACCGGACUUUUUACCUCCCAAGGCGGUGCUGGACGCUACCGCGGCCGCCCUCCAAUCGGGUGCCACAAAGUACACCGCCGUGACGGGAACGGCCGAUCUGAGAAACGCGAUUGCCGAAGACCUGAGAACACGAAAGGGUGUCGACUACAACCCCGCGAACGAAAUCGUGGUGGGCAACGGUGCCAAGCAGUGCGUCUUUCAGGGGGUCCUUGCCACCUGCGGUGCGGGGGACAAGGUGAUCGUUCCUGCCCCUUACUGGCCAUCCUACCCCGAAAUGGUUUCYCUGGUGGGAGCGACGCCGGUUAUUGUCGAAGCAAAAGCCGAAAACGGUUAUUUGAUUACCCCGGAGACUCUCCGCUCGACACUAGAGGAACACCCCGAAAUCAAGCUGAUCAUUCUUUGCAAUCCCUCGAAUCCCACCGGAGGAGUCUACCAGCUCGAAAAAUUGGAAGCRCUUGCCGCUGUGCUGAAGGACUACCCCAAGGUUAUGGUCCUGGCCGACGAAAUCUACGAACGCCUCGUCUACGAAGGAGAUUGCCCCGCCUUUGCCGGAGUCGAUGGAAUGUUCUCUCGUACCAUGACGGUCAACGGAUUUAGCAAAUCCCACGCUAUGACGGGCAUGAGGCUCGGAUACGUUGCGGCUCCACAGCCCCUGGCGAAAGCAAUCACUACCAUCCAGUCUCAGCUGACGUCCUGCGCGGGUUCGCUGUCACAAGCGGCGGGGGUCGCAGCCCUGACCCAGGUCAGCGAAGAGGAGAUGCAGGCGAACGUAGAAAUCAUGCGAGAGAAACGCGACUACGUGCUCGGGGAGCUGUCGAAAAUUCCCGGGGUCGAGGUUGCGAUACCACCGAACGGAGCCUUUUACGUCCUACCGGAUGUAUCGAGGUAUUUUGGUGGAGACGACACAAAGCUUUGUCUGGAACUCCUGAAAGCCAAAAAGAUGGCCAUUGUUCCCGGAUCAAGCUUUGGGGCUCCCGGAACGGUUCGGCUGAGCUAUGCAACAAGCAUGGAAGAAUUGGGAAUCGCGAUUUCAAAAUUGAAAGAGUUCUUGGCCGAGAAUGCUUGAGCAUAUGACAUAAGAGAAUAUAAAAGGCUCUCGUGCCUGCUUCUGGCAAUGAUCCGAAUGACUCUAGCAAAUAUUUACGCUGUCGAAAUUGGUUUGUUUUCACGGACGAUCCAAUUGCCAUAUGGAUAAUCUUUUUACAAUUUAGGCGUAGAGUCCCACUGUCCUAAAAGUUCAAGGCGUCUAUAGAAGCACUACUAUGACGAGGGUGGCGACUGCAUACUUGUUUUGGUUUGGUUUGGAAGGCUACUAGUUUUGAAGUAAUACGAAUCGCAAUGACCGCUUUACAAUUGUUGUCGUUGUGUAAAUAUUCCAUUUCUUCUCUUCUCCUCUGUUUUGGCAUUCUUACACGUUGCCCUGCAAAGGAUCCUAGACGCAGCUAAACUGCACAGGCCACGAGUUCAACAAGUUUGAGUAAAACUCGGUGAAUAA